CUCGGUCUGUCUGCAGAGAGUCUCCGGUAUGGGCAGUCGCCUCUCACUCCUCAACUUUUUUACCGGAGAUUUUUAUUUUUAAUUUUGUACCUCUAACACCUUCCAACAUUUAAACCACGACUCACACAUCGGAAAUGGAUUUGUGAACGGGGAGAGGGGGGGAGGGAAAUAAGCCGACUCGUGAGCCAGACUUUACUUAAUUUUUUUUUUUUUUUUUUUUCUCUCGGUGUUGGAGUUGCUGGAAGAAGAAAGGGGGAAAAAUGCCAGUUGCAACUCUUCUGCCUUUUACCGCGACCCCGAAUAGGAAGUCUGCCAGCCCGACAUCUUUCAGGUUGACAGAGAAAUUCAUUUUGUUAUUAGUGUUCAGCGCUUUUAUCACGCUGUGUUUCGGGGCCAUUUUCUUCCUACCGGACUCGUCCAAGCUGCUCAGCGGAGUUUUCUUUCAUUCCUCCGCGGUGGAGACCAACACCCGCACCGGUCCGGACAGCAGCGACUCCGGUUCGGCCGGGAACGACGAGAGGGUCCUGGCCAAAAUCAGGAAGGACCACGAGAAAGCUCUGAUAGAGGCCAAGGAUACUCUACAGAAACGGCCCGAAGAGAUAAAGCAAGACAUUAUCAAUGAGAAAGAGAAAGUUGCAAAGGAGAGUGUGGGUCAAGGUGGGAAGGAUGGCAAUAAUUUACCUUUCGUUGAGUAUCACCGCCCGCCCGGGGCGACUGGACACGAACCCCUGGACUCCGAAACCCGGGACAGACGGGCUAAAGUCAAAGAGAUGAUGAAACAUGCGUGGGACAGCUACAGGCGCUACGCCUGGGGUUCCAAUGAGCUCAGGCCCGUCUCCAAGCAAGGCCACUCCAGCAAUCUAUUUGGCAGCAUAAAGGGAGCGACGAUAGUGGAUGCUCUGGACACCCUCUACAUCAUGGAAAUGUUCGAAGACUUUGAUGCUGCUACUGACUGGGUAGAGAAGAACCUCGACUUCAGUGUGAACGCCGAAGUGUCUGUGUUUGAGGUGAACAUCCGGUUCGUUGGAGGUCUGCUGUCCGCCUACUACCUGUCUGGGAAAGAGGUAUUCCGUAGAAAGGCGGUGGAGCUGGGUGAAAAGCUGCUGCCAGCCUUCAAAACGCCCACCGGCAUCCCCUGGGGCCUGCUUAACCUCAAGAGUGGUAUUGGUCGAAACUGGCCAUGGGCAUCCGGUGGCAGCAGCAUCCUGGCAGAGUAUGGCACCCUGCAUUUAGAGUUCAUGCACCUCAGCAAACUCUCAGGAAAUCCAGAGUUUGCACAGAAGGUAAUGAACAUCCGGAAAGUACUAAAUCGCCUGGACAAACCCCAGGGGCUCUACCCCAACUACCUGAACCCUAAUAGUGGCCAGUGGGGCCAACAUCACGUGACUGUGGGUGGCCUAGGUGACAGUUUCUAUGAGUACCUGCUGAAGGCCUGGCUGAUGUCUGAUAGGACUGAUGAGGAAGGCAAGAAGAUGUACUAUGACGCCCUGCAGGCAAUAGAAACCAACCUGAUCAGGAAGUCUAGCGGUGGGUUUACCUACAUAGCAGAGUGGAAGGGAGGACUCCUGGAGCAUAAGAUGGGUCACCUGACCUGUUUCGCAGGGGGCAUGAUCGCUCUUGGUGCUGAUGGGGCGCCCAGCGACAAGACGGGCCACCAGAUGGAGCUGGCCGCCGAGAUCGCCCGGACCUGUCACGAGUCUUACGCCAGAACCGCUACGAAGCUGGGUCCGGAGGGCUUUCGUUUCGAUGGCGGCGUCGAAGCCAUCGCCACCCGCCAGAAUGAGAAAUACUUCAUCCUCCGUCCUGAGGUCAUAGAGACCUACAUGUACAUGUGGAGGUUCACCCACGACCCCAAAUACAGGGAGUGGGGCUGGGAGGCUGUUCAGGCCUUGGAGCAGUAUUGUAAAGUAGAAGGAGGCUACAGCGGCGUCAGAGACGUCUACGCUUCGAGUCCCAGCCACGACGAUGUGCAGCAGAGCUUCUACUUGGCCGAGACACUCAAGUAUCUCUACCUGCUGUUCUCUGACGACGACCACCUACCGCUCGACCACUGGGUCUUUAACACCGAGGCUCACCCUCUGCCCGUCAUCAAGAAGGACAAAACAGACAGACCCAACGAAGUGGAGUAGCGGGACCCACCCGCGCUGACACCUAAAAAAACAAGUGCGAGAACCUCUGAUCCUGUAUACCUGAGCCUCCAGCUGUCCAUUCGGAGUCACCAGUGGUUACAGAUGCCUCUUGAUCGGAUUUCACUUUUCAUUUCUAACGGGAUCAAAAUAGAAUUCAAGCUCGCCGGCGCUGAAUUCUCGCUGUAGAAUCCAGUUUUGUGUUCGUUUGUUUGUUUUUUGCUUUAGUUUCAUUCAGCUCUGACCUGAACCAACGUUUUUACUGCCGGAUAACGGAACGACGCCAAAGAAUGUAGUGACAUCGUCAGAGAGGCGAUGAAAUAAUCUCUGAAGAUGUCAUUACGUUGGGCAGGUUUUCAUUCAGAGGGACGGUCUGACCAGUUCUCACAUUAAUCGUCAGUGAUUUUGUUGUUAGUAGCUACAGCUGCGCUCUGCUGUUUUGUUGUUCGUGAAGGAGAAACACUGACAGACCUGGUCCGUCGUCUCUCUGGUGUUUAUGAUGUUUUUUGGGAUCGGAGCUCUGGGCGCCAAACUCCAGGAGAAAAAAAAUAGAAAACUGUCGUCUGAGGAUUACAAGGCUGACUUAGUGAGCUUAAAAGACGCUCCGUUCACUUCACACGCGUCGUCGUUUCCUUCUGCUGUACCGCUUCAGUAUCUGAAUAGAAACCGGUUUCCGUGCGCCAACGCUGGUGCCGCCACCGCCAACCGCCAACCGAACUUCUGCAUCGUCUUCAGAGAAACAUUUGCUUUUAUAAAAACACCUGGUUGUCUCUGUGGGAGUAAAGGAAAAGACGCAGCACAACCCGAGCCUCUUUUUAUAACCCCACAGUACUUUUAGACCUCUGCUCUGCCCCCCCCUCCUCAGUUCCCCGAACCCCCGACAGCUUCCUCCUCCCUCUUGAGUUUUGGUGUGACACAGGACGAGCAGCCACACCAGCUCUCUACCUGCCAGUGAUUUCACUUUCUCCCCACGACGUUUACACAUAAGCUGCCCCUCUUCUUCUCCUUCUGCUGCUCAUCCUCACUUCGUUGCAUCUUGUUCUGGCUUGUUGGAUUCUGGGUUUAUUUCUCUUUCUCACAUUUACACCGACAUUUCUGGGGUUUGACCGAUACAGGUGUUUGGGGUUUGCAGUUUUCCCCCUCAGGAUCUUAUUUGGCGCUAGCUCAAUCUCAACGAUUACAGGGUUUUGAAAUCAAAUGAAAUCGUUGUUUGACUAAAAAACAAAAAGAAACUCACCUCGAGGUCCACGUUUGUUGAGCUGUCAACCACAUUUCACGGUCUUCCUCAGAGUGUUCUAUGCUGUAACGCAGCACGGAGAUGCGUUGGGCUGUGAGAUGGAGUUAAUAAUCUGUAGAAAGCAAGUAAGUGGACCUUGAGUUAGCUUUUUUAGUUAUUGACGUAUGUUUGGAGAAUCAGGAAUUAACUUUGACACUCAACGUUGUCGUAUAAAGAUCUUCAACAUCUUAUUUCCUUCCUCCUCCUACAAAUCUUAACAUCCUUCAAUUUGAACAUUAGUAUGUAUAGAAACAGAAAUCUUAGACCCUUGUAGAUCCACUGAAGAGGACACUGAUUGAUCAUAUUCAUCAGCAAACCCUAUCUGUCUGUCUGUAUCUGUCCAACCCUCCGUCCUGCAGGUCCAGCGUAGUGCCGGCUGUAGGAUCUUCUCUCCUCUAUGAGGAGACGCGGACACUCGACUUCGCUGUAAUAUUUCACCUACACACACACACACACACACACACACACACACUCUCUCUCACACACUCACAGAAGAAGCCAUACUGAUUAUAUACAGCUUUACCAUUCUGUCUGUGGUUCCCGUCAUCCUCCACACUUCGGGUGAGGGGCGUGUGACUGUACUGACACAAACUGUGUUGCUGUUAUUGUGCGUUUUCUGUUCAGCUCAUUCAGUUGGCUUUCUCCUGAUGCCACACAGAACUGUAGCCAGAUAAAAUCCAGUUUAGUCUUCGACCUAGUGCCUUCACUGUGGAGGAGUCGGAGGGAAAAGCAGCUCACACAAACACAGAAGAGUCGAGUUUUAAAUAGUCUCAGAGCUUUAAGUGUAGUUCCCAUGCCUCUGAUGAGGAUUAUACCAAAAGUAGACACUGAUUAAAGGAUAAUUCCUGCUAUUUAACUGUAUAUCCAAUGUUUGUUAUUAGUAGGAGAUCAGACAUUGUCCAUCUGAUAAUCACAUAAAGAAAGUCUUGUACUGUUCUUUCUCCUGGUGAACGUCUGUCAGGAACCAGUUAUGUCCUCGACUACACUGACAUCUAGUGGUGAGAUCUUCCAAUUACAGUGAUUACAUGAGACCUGGGCUAAAUGCCCUGAGUCUGAACAGUCAAGAACAUCAUGUAAUAAUAACUUAUAUAUAUAUAUACAUCUGAUUGUCACCAGUGAUUCUAGAUGGAAAACUUAUUACAACAAAAUGUCGACAUGUUGGGAAAAAACUGUUUUAUUUAAACGUCCCGUGAUUACAAGGUAAUGAAAGAAGAUUAAAUUGAAGUAUAAAAAUGAAUUAAAGCUGCAAGCAGCGAUGAUUGUGACUCUGCAGCAUUAUGUGGAGACCCCGCCCUGAGAAAUAUACCCAAACUGACUCAUUAGCUGGUAUCUUCCCACAUUUUAUGUCCCCAUACAUGAUUCUGAUCACAGGAGGUUACACUUCCAGCUGCAGUCGGUAACUUUUAUCAAAUAUUAACUGAAACUGUCACUAUAUCCUGAUAGUGGGAGAUAAUCUGUGGAUCCUCUGUGGCGUUUGAAAGAAUCCACCAAUCAGAGAUGAGAAAGAUAGUUGAUUGUUGAGUCUCUUUCCUUUGUUUUUCCACAGAUUAUCUCUUAUUUUUAUAAAAAGUUACCUGCUGCAGCUUUAAGGCCCUCUCGCAACAAGAAGAGCUCAAAUUGAUAGAAAUGAAUGAGAAAAUAGCAGAGAGCAUGUUCAAAAACUUCAGUGUUUGUGCUGCAAACUGUGUUUUUUUUUUUUUUUUUUUAAUUGAAUCCCAGAUAAUGACCACCAUAUCAGUCGACCUCCACGUUGAAACUGAAUAUCGUGCUGAGUUUCUGAGCUGUGAGAAAUCCCUUCACGUUCUUUAUAUCACUGUACAGACGACAGUGUCCUCGUGUGUAAUCCGUGUUUUUGUUUAGUGGGUGUAGAGGCAUUUAUUAUCCAUGUGAAGUUGUAUAGUAAUGGUUGAUUUUGCCGAUUGUAUUAAUUUAUUCUGUAGUAGUGAACAUAGGACUCGGAAGAGUUUGGGAGCUGACCCCCAGGUGGCGCUGUGGCUUUACAGAGUUCAAGACUGGACCCUGAAUGUGGAGCUUCACAUCUCUUUUUGUUGGGUAAUUGUAAUUUAUUGACCAAAGCAGACAUUGAACUGAUGUCGGGGAAGAGUUUAAAGGUCGCAUUGUGUUUUUAAACCUCAUUAAUGAGCUGCUGAGCUGCCACAGUGGGUAAUAUCACCAGUACAUUAUCUGUGUUUAAAGAAGCUACACAUGGUACCUUUUUUAAUGACGUUUGGGAAAUGUGGUUUAAUUGAAGAAAGACGUCAAAGGAAGCACCUGGGAGUCAAUCCAACAACCUUACUGGAGGAUAGGAACUGUAUGAAUGUACCAUCCAAUGUGAAGUGAAGAAUAUUUUUAUGUGAUUUUUUUUUUUUGUGUCUUCUUGUGUUCACUUCUGUGCUUUUGUUGCUUUUGUUGUUUUUCUUUUAUCCUGGAAAGCACAAAAAGUUUAAAGCAACGUGUGCGGUUCACGAGCCCGCUGGUGGCGACGUGGCGUUGACGUAGGAAAUCAUCCAAAUCUGCCACACGAGCUGUACACACACACACACACACGUUGGUUUUCAUUUAUAGUUGUGAGGAUCUGACACAUAAACACAGACAUUUAGGAACGUUCAGGAUAAACCAGAUGUUGUUUGUGUUCAGUACAGUGUUAAAACACUGGCGCUGCUUCAUAAAGGUUGUUUAAACUUGUGUUUCUGUGAUGGAAGUGAGAAACAAUGCUAUAACGUAGCUCAGUGUUCAUUAUAAAGACACUUUAAUAUCAGAAUGUUUUGCCCUAUUAUUGAGCUGAUGAUCAAUGAAAAUGAAAUAAGAUCAUUUGAUACGACACACUGCAGCAGUUGAGUGUAUUUUAGUUGCUCGCUAACACAGAACGGAGCGGAAAAUGAGAAAGUUUGAAGGCUCCAUACAGAACUUCAUUUAAAAAAAUACCAAUUUUAGGCUGCAUUAAGGUCUUGAUGCUGCGUGGAUUUGAAGUUCAACCAUUAGUUGUAUUCUUAUGAAGAUUUCUGUAAUGGUGGGGGUUGGGUGUGUGUGUUUUUUUUUUUGCUACAGUGAGUAUGAUGGUGUCAGUCUUAAUGGUGAAUUUAAUGAACAUGGUUUCCUGGUAGUUCCCCUCCCCCCAUGUUAAGAUUUAUUAGUGCGAUUCAACAGUCUGACAUUUGGUUUUUAUUGUACUUUGGGGAUUUUAAAUAUGUUAAAGUAACCGUGUGUAGACUUUUUGGCAUUUUGGAACCGUGGAGGCUUUUGACUUGUAACUUAGGCUUAAAGGGCUGAUCCACUGCAUCCCCCCCCAAAUAGGAAGGACACAAAACUCAGCCCUGCCCUUCUGGAUUCAACGUCAAAGUUUUAAACAUGUUUUUUUUUUUACUUUCUCAUGUGGCACCGAUCUGGUGGUUUCAGUACCUGAAUAGGACGGAGAGGCAGAAUGUGUUUACGUGUGAGCCGUCAGUGUGAGCGCUGCAUUAGCUUCACAUAUCGGGACAUCAGGCAUCUGCUCGUCUCCAUACGCAGACGUUUCGUUAUUUUAAUUUUACUGUGUUUUUUUUGGGUGAUUUUCUGAAUAUUGUGUUGACGAUCUGUUGCGUUCCAAUGCCUUUCUAUUGGUGAAUAUUUUAAAGGGGAAUGCCGGCCUUUUUAGGAAUUCAACAUGAAAGUCAGUCCCUGUGAUUAAAUGCACCGCUUCCCCUUAAAAGGAACUCCUAAUUUAUAUCACCCAGACAUCGUUAGUUUUCUUCACCAGGGGUCACUAAAUCACUAAAUAUGGCUGACCUGUCUCGGGACUCAAAUAAUCUGAAUUUUUAAAACUGUUGGCAUUGUCCUUUAUUGGUUUAAAUGCGUGAAACCAACCUCAGAAAUGUAUCUGUACAAAAAUAUUGCUGAUAAUCAUUCCAUUGCACAUAGUUUACUUUGCGUUUAUAUGCAAUAUUUUAAUUUUUGUGGGGAAAUCUGUUGUGUUAAUAUUAUUGAAAAAAUGUAAAUAUUCCAUUCCGGCAAAUGAGCCGUUCUACAUUUAUAUAAAAAUCUUCUGAGUUUAUGGAUUAAAAUGAUAUUAAUAAGCAGCAGACUUUUUAAUAAACUAUAUUUGUUACACUUCUAUUGUGAAUAAAAAAAACUCUUUUAAUAA